AUUGGAAUUCCGAAGUUGGGAGCGACGUGCUGGGUCGCUCUGUCUCAAAGGAAAUUCGACAACGCCGCGAAUUCACGUAUGUUUUAAGGCGAUGGCAUGAGUGGACCGAGGAUGGAGCGGGCGAGCCGGCGCGCAAAAGCGGGCUCGUUGAGCGGGCUGUCGGGUGGACUUGGUGCCGGAGUCGCGGGAGGCACUAGUGUACGCAGACAGCGUUCGCUGGAGUGGACCGGCGACCGGUACAGCAGCAGCGACGACGACCGCCCUACUCAGCCACCCAAGAUCGCUGAUAGAGUGUUCGCCUCGCUCCUCGCUCAAGCCACCCAACAAUUUGACAAUGAACAACGUCGAAUAUACGGUUCUGAGAAUGGAGAAGACUCGCCGCGGUACAUCAGCAGUCCGCAACGGCAAGCAUCGCCCUUCCCUUUAGAAAGCACCAAUCGAAGAUUUUAUAGAAGAAAUCGGAAUUCUAAAGGUGAGGAGGUGUUCACCGCAGAGGCAGGAGGGACUCUAUCGCGCCGCCACCGCCGCCCUGAUGACUUCCCGCACGACACCGCCAACCGAAAUCCUAGGCAUUGGACUGUCAUCCUACGACAAGUUAUUUAA